ACUCAGUAAUCGCCAGGGUUUCUUUGUUUCUCGUAACCAACAUGUUCCUAUUUUGUAGCUAUGAGCAAAACACCCCAGGAGGAGAUUGACGAUGAAUUGGGCGACUUGUUCGAUGAGAUAACGUUCACGCAGGACAGAUCGGCCAAAUCUAGGCUGCUAGAGUACUUUGUCUCCAACCCUUUCGUCACAGCAGGUAUGGGGGCGACGGUAUACUAUUUGAUAAAAGCUGGUAAACUGAUGGGAGUCGACCACAUGGGUUUCAACCAAGCCCUCAAAGGCCGUAUCUCAGCCCAGGCUGCUACAGUCGGAUUCAUUAUACUCGGCGCUUGGGGCCUCAAGCGGGAAAGUUACCUCCGCCAAAUCGAGAACGAAGUUAUAACUGAGAUACACAUAGCGGACUCAGUUUCGCCAAGUUCAGCACCAGAAUCUGCCAGUAACGAAACAGGAUGAACAUUGAAGUUUGAACACGAACCAUUCACGAGUGUAACAGACGUGUGACACACGGAUGUAACAGGCGAGGACAUUGUGUAACACACGAGGACAUU